AUGAUUGUUUUAAGACUUUAUAUGCUUAUUUGUGUAUAUCCGUUAGUAGCUUCAAUUAAAGGUAUGAUAAACGUUAACAAAUUCUGUGACUUAACCUCGGAAGAGUCAACCAAGCGGUGCUACAUCAAAGAAACUUUGGCAACGCUUGCUCAUAGUCCGAACCAAUUAGCUGUCAGCAAAGCUUCUAACACGCUUUACUUCAGCUUUGAUGCCGGUCAGGGGGAAUAUCUACCCGCAAUUCUGAACAUUGACACAAAAAAACUGACCGUAAUAAAAGGUGUCAAAGACGCUUUUGCGAUAGCAGUCGAUUCAAAGGAGGAAAUCUACUUUGGCGGUAGUCAUGGCAUUUACAAAUAUAACCGGCCUUUGAGAAGCCUUAAGAGACUAAAUGUGACCAAUUUAGAUGUCUGGUGGUUACAAAUAAAAUCACGUUUGUAUUUUAUAAAAUUCCCUAGUCUCAAGGCAUAUUAUUAUGAGAAUAAAAUAGUCCAACCGGUUCUUGAAUUGAAGAACACGACUGUUAAUCAGUUCGUUUUUGAUUCUGACAAUAAUACCUUUUUUAUAAACGGCUCAGGAUUGUUCGGUAUUAAAAGGGGACAGGGAGAAGCAAUAUUGUUGAAGGAUAUUCCAAGAUUUUUCGGGAUGGCUGUUGAUAAUUCCGGUUACGUACAUUUGUGCAGUGAAACUGGAAUCUUCGUGAUAAGCAAAAUGGUUCAGAAAGUUAAACGGAUUGUGAGAGUGAACGGUGUUUUGGGUUUGGCUUUCGAUAAAAAUAAUAAUAUAAUUUAUUCUGACUCUCAUGAUAUUUUUCGUCUCAAGCCAGUGUCGAGUGAAGAGUAUUUUAACAUAGCUAAUAAUAGUUUACAAUAG